UCCUUGCAUAAGAAGGCAUCAAUUUAACCCCAUACUUUUGCCUUAAAUUUUUUGAGAGUGUAUGCAUGGCAUCUAGCUCAAUGUCUUCACGUGGGUCAGGUUCAUGGACUGCCAAGCAGAACAAGGACUUUGAAGAGGCUCUGGCUGUGUUUGACAAGGACACCCCUGAUCGCUGGCACAAUAUCGCCAAGGCCGUUGGUGACAAGACUGCAGAGGAAGUGAAAAGGCAUUAUGAAAUCCUCCUAGAGGAUUUGAAGAUCAUCGAGAGUGGUCAAGUUCCUUUCCCCAAUUAUACCACCACUAAGGGGGCAUAACCAAGGAAGAUAAAGGUACAGCUCCAUGAAAUCGAUUAAGCACGGUCAUGAAGAAGAAGAAAAACAAUAAAGAGGAGCAAUCGUCGUUUUUUCAAGCAAUUAUCGUAAUUCGGAAUCAAUAGCUUGAUUCCAUGAUGUAAUUUGAUUUUCUGUUACUACUGAGCAGAAAAUCUCUAUCGUUUUCUUCAGGUA